AUGCCGUCCGAGAGUCUGCAGGUCUUUGUCAAGGCCGUAUCACGUCUGCUGGGCUGGAUUUAUAUGCUGUGCUGGUCGCUCUCAUUCUAUCCCCAGCCCAUCAACAACUUCCGGCGCCGCUCCACAUACGGUCUGGCCAUCGACUUCCCAACCAUCAACGUGCUUGGCUUCGUGUGCUACGCCAUCUAUGCCGGCGCAUUUCUGUACUCGCCGCUGAUCCGCGAGCAAUAUGCAGCGCGCAACCCGGUUUCGCCAGAGCCGUCGGUGCGGUUCAAUGACUUUGUGUUUGCCGCGCAUGCGGUCGUUUUGAGCGCGAUCGUGUACUCGCAGUUUUUCCCCGCGGUUUGGGGAUUCAAGGUUGCGCGGUACCAGCGAGUAAGCAAGCCGGUGGCCGGGCUGUUUUGGGGGUCCUUGGUGGCCGUUGCGGGGUUGGUUUUGAUUGUGCUGAGGGCGAGUCCGGAUGGGGGGAGUGAUGCCUCGUCGUGGGCUUGGAUUGAUGUGCUCUACGGGAUUUCCUACGUCAAAGUGGUCGUCACCGUGGUCAAGUACAUCCCGCAGGCAUGGCUCAACUACAAGCGCAAAUCGACAGUGGGAUGGGACAUUCGACAGAUUCUACUUGAUCUCUCUGGGGGCGUGCUGUCGAUUGGCCAACUAGUCUUAGACUCGAGCUUCGAGGCUGACUGGAGCGGGGUAACAGGGAACCCGAUCAAGUUCCUGUUGGGCAACGUUUCCAUUAUCUUUGAUGCAGUUUUUGUCGUGCAGCACUAUAUCUUGUAUAGACACCGGUCAGGGGAAACGACAGGGGAGGAAGAGGAAGAUGAUGAUAACAAGGGUCCAGAUUUGAGAACGCCUCUGCUUUCGGAAGACGGCGGUCUUCCUCGAUGA